UUUCACUUCCUGCGAAUUUACAGGUAACUUGUUGGCACACACCUGAGAAACAAAAAGGGUUAACUAGUUUACUUCAAAUUUCUAACGAAGGGAAACCCCUAAAACUUGAUUGGUAACAAAAGUGGUAACUUGAUUUUGGUAGGAGUUCAUCAUUAUCUGUUUAAAAACGAGAAGUUGAUCUUCGGAAAGGAACACAAAGGGAAAGUUUGAAGAAGGGGGUCUGUAAAGUUUUUCGUUUCCUUUAGAAUGAUUACUUUUCGGAUCGGAUUAUUAUUGGGCUCUUUGCUGUUGCUCCACACUUUGCGCAUGGUGCGCGCCCAGGCCGAUUCCUUCGGGGAACAAUGCUUGGACAACUUCAAAAAGGGGAAAGAAGAAUUCAUUCUGGAUACAGAUGAAUCUGUGAAAGAAGGGGCCAGCUUUCUUGCUUCGCCGCCUCUCACUCGGAUGAAAGACUGUAUACGCUCUUGCUGCAAAGAUCCCACAUGUAAUUUGGCUAUGAUGGAAGAUGGGGAGGAAGAAGGCUUGAUCAAAGCUUGCUUUCUCUUAAAUUGCCUGUACAAGAAGAAAUAUGUUUGCAGAUUUGUGAAGAAAAAGGGCUUCACCAACUAUAUCUUAAGCUCAGUAUUCAGUCAUUACCUAGAUGGUCCACAUACCGUUCCCAGUAAAGAUGCUGAUAAACCUCCAGUGGCUGUUGCUGGCCUGGACAGGGUGGUACAGCCUCAGGACACAGUGACUUUGGAUGGCUUUGAGAGUAAAGAUGACAAGAAGAUUACCAGUUAUGAGUGGCACCUCAUCAAAGGGAGUCCCUUUGCUGUCCUAGAGAAAACGAACCUGGAUGACCAAAUUAGAGUAUCCAAUCUGUCUUCUGGGGUUUACAAGCUUCAGCUGACUGUCACGGACUCCGCUGGCCAGUCCGACUCUGCAGAAGUCACCAUCUUGGUCCUUACCCCUGAGCAGUCUCAUGAUCACUGUAUGGCCCCUAAGAAGAUAGGACCCUGCCGGGGCUCCUUUCCCCGCUGGCACUACAAUGCUGCUACCGAGGAGUGCCAGCAGUUUUCGUUCGGCGGCUGCAAGGAAAACAUGAACAAUUACCUAUCCCUCCAGGAGUGCAACAAAGCCUGCGAGGGUGUUUCGGCAGUUAAACCUGAUAAGAGUGGCAGAAUGCUUCCCCGUCCGAGUGGGGAGGUGUGCGGUGCCACCUGUGGGCCAGACCAGUUCACCUGCGCCAAUGGGUGCUGCAUUGACAAAGCCCUGGAGUGUGACAAGAACCAGCAAUGCAGUGAUGGUUCUGAUGAGACUUCCUGCCAGAAAUUGGAUGAGAGCUUCACAAAUUUGCUGAAAAUUCCACUGGACGAAGGGAACGUCCGCUGCACAGAACCACCCAAAACAGGUGUCUGUAGGGCCAGUAUGACCAAGUGGUACUACAACCCUUUUGUGAGGAAGUGCUUCCGGUUCAACUACGGCGGUUGUGACGGGAACGAUAACCGGUUUGAGGAGGAGAGUUCAUGUAUGAAGGCCUGCCAAAUGGUGACAGAAAGUGACGUCUUUGGGAGGGCUACCCACGAAUACCAAGAGGGCCAGAAGGCUCAAGCAGGCACUAUUGCGAUUGCUGUGCUGCUGGGCGUGGCCAUCCUGAUCAUGCUGGCCAUCCUGGGAUACUGCUACCUGAAGGGCCGGAAGAAGCGCCAGCAGCCCCAGCGCGUGGCUGUCAACGGCUCCCACGUGACCACCAGGGAGGACAUGGAGCACCUGGUGUACAACAGCACCACCAAGCCCAUCUGAGCCCAUACUGGCUUAACAAGCAUCCACUGCAGCACACCACCACAACAAGAAGCAGCCAGACAAAUGCAUAUACACACGUGCACACGCGCACAUGCACACACACACACACACACACACAGCCGUACAAAUCCGCUCACAGUGCGCUCAGACGAGAAUUCAGAGACCGAGCUACACAUUUAACAUUUCCGCCUGCUUGUGGUUGUACAUUGGAGCUUUUUAGGGAGAGGGUUAGGGAGACAUUCUAUUUUUAUACAGACACAUGACAACAUUUUGAUGUGUAGAAGUAUACGUAUAAGAGGUUUUCUAGGUGCGUUUCUACAUGCUGGGCAGCAUGAUUAAGGCAACAGCAAGUCCUCCAAAUAUAAAGGAAUGUAACCACUACUUAGUGUUCUUCUUAAUCCUGAUGAUUUUUGUCACGAAAGCCCUUGAUCUAGAAAACCAGGUGGUUGAUCAUGAAAUCUGUUCUCAGGGUGAAGCUGUCUCAUGGGUGUAACCUCUCAGUUCCCAUGUAGGUCAGUUUUUAAUAAUUCAUGCAUUCAGAUUUAUAAAAGCUGAAUUAAAAGAACCAGCAACUUUAAGAUGUGGCAACUGCCAAUUCAUAAUUUUUCAUUGCAUAAAUUGAAUCAAGUUAUUUUUAAUAGUUUGUGUUGAACAAAUAUGUAAAUAAUAGCGUUUUCUCUAGUGGUUAAGAAAAGUGUGAGGACGUGUGUUUAUUGGGUGUCUGUUGUAAAAUAGAUUUUCAUUUUGAGCGUUGAAAAUACAAACAGGUUUUCAAAUAUAUUUGUGAACCCUUUAUGUUGGCGAGUUACAUAGUUUAUACAAUAUAAACAUAAUGCGCUCAUUCCAGCUAGCAGACUGCCAGAAUUGUCUCCAAAUGUUUGUAUAUAGUUUUUUUUAAUAUCCUUGUUUAGUUUACUGCUACUUCAAAACAUGAAAAAAAAAACAAAAAAAAAAACAUUUAAGAUCAAUAAAAAGGAUGUGAGUGUAUAUAAAACAAGAUUUGAGUGUUUGUAGACACAGGUCACUGAUCUUUCUUUUUCUAUUUCUUGGAUUCCAGGAUGAUUUCGAUACAAAUUAUUGUCACUGAACACUGGAGUACUGAGCAUUCCAUUACAAAUCUUCCCCCAUGUUGGAAGGAAUCAACCGAAUUGUAAAUGGUCAGAAAAUUAAUCAAGCAGCCAAAAUAGUUUUAGGUUUAGUGUUCUGCCAUUUCUCGCAGAAAUACCAGUGUCUUAAAUUUUACCUGAAAUUUCCAUGUUUACUGAGUGCUUUUUUUUUUUUAAUCUAAUGUAAAAAAUGUUUCAUCUGAGUAACUGUAAUUCUUAUAAUGGAAAAUGUGUAUCCUACUAUAAAAUGCCUACUUGAAAUGUAUGAUUGUUUUAUUUUUCCUUUCCAAAAAUUUUUUUUUAUUACUUUAUUUCAGUGUUAUGAACAGCUUCCUUGAUUCUGUUGCUUUGUGUUCAUUUACUAGAUCAUUUAUUCUGGUCCUCCCCUCGGUAAACGGAGCCAAAUCUGCCAUAACAUUUCUGGAAGAUAAGGCACUGUGUUGGUCAUAUUAUUCACCAGCAGGUGGCAUUAUUGCCGAACUUUUCACAGUAGCCAGGAAUUUCUCUGGAAUUUAAAAUGAAGUAGGUCUUUCUGUGAUGCUAGAAAAAAGACUCAUGUCAUUUUGUCUUUGAGAACAUGAGAGACGUCUAGUUUAAAGCAAAUGGUGCAAUAGUUUGUUGAUCCUUUUUUUUUUUUUACUUGUUAAGACUUGGUUUCUCGGUUUUUGUUUCCAAGGGAGGAAUAGGAUAUUUUCUGUAUUGAUGCACAUAUAAAGGUAGCUGAACAAAUAAACAUAACAAAUCAUGUACUUA